AGUUUACGCACAAUUAUCAACACUCUUCGAGGCGCCGCAUGAUGGGGCACAAAAACUUAACAGACACGCCCCAAAAGUCCCAGCCAUAUAAAUGGAGCCGACGGCGCGUAACCACAAAUAGUUCCUGACCAGCUUUUAACGUGGAAAACUUCACCGAAAAGAUGACCGGCCAAGAACAGGAGCCGGACACGGCCCGAACCUUUAAGGACAUGAUGAGGGUGCCGGUUCAGUUUUACCGGACCAUUGGCGAGGACAUCUACGCCCAUCGGUCGACCAGUGCGUGGAGAUCGCUGCUGCUCAAGGUCUACCUGUACGGGGGCUUCAUCAACUUCAAUCUGCUGGUGAUCGGGGAGCUGGUGUUCUUCUACAAGUCCAUACAGGACUUCGAGACCGUCCGCCUGGCCAUUGCCGUGGCGCCGUGCAUCGGCUUCUCCCUGGUGUCCGACUUCAAGCAGUUCGCGAUGGCCUACUACAAGGGCACCCUGGUGCGGCUGCUCGACGAGCUGGAGGAGAUGCACCCGAAGACCCUCGAGCGGCAGCGCGCCUACCGGAUGCCCGACUUUGAGCGCACCAUGAAGCGGGUGAUCAGCAUCUUCACGUUCCUGUGCCUGGCCUACACCACCACCUUCUCGUUCUACCCGGCCCUCAAGGCCUCCGUGAAGUUCAACCUGCUCGGCUACGAGACCUUCGACCGCAACUUCGGCUUCCUCAUCUGGUUCCCCUUCGACGCGACCAGCAGCAAUCUGGUCUACUGGAUCGUCUACUGGGACAUUGCCCACGGGGCGUACCUGGCCGGCAUCGCCUUCCUCUGCGCCGAUCUGCUGCUGAUCGUGGUCAUCACCCAGAUCUGCAUGCACUUCGACUACGUCUCCAGGCGGCUGGAGGAGCACCCCUGCGAGCCGGGCAGGGACAGGGAGAACAUCGAGUUCCUCGUCUGGAUCGUCCGCUACCACAACAAGUGCCUCACCCUCUGCGAGCACGUGAACAAUCUGUACAGCUUCUCGCUGCUGCUCAACUUCCUGAUGGCCUCCAUGCAGAUCUGCUUCAUUGCCUUUCAGGUCACCGAGUCCACCGUCGAGGUGAUCAUCAUCUACUGCAUAUUCCUGAUGACCUCGAUGGUGCAGGUGUUUCUGGUCUGCUACUACGGCGACACCUUGAUCGCAACGAGCCUGCGAGUGGGCGACGCUGCCUACAAUCAGAGGUGGUUUCAGUGCAGCAAAACCUACUGCCAAAUGCUCAAGAUGCUGAUCAUGCGCAGCCAGAGGCCGGCCUCGAUCAGGCCGCCCACAUUCCCCCCCAUCUCUCUGGUCACCUACAUGAAGGUCAUCAGCAUGUCGUAUCAGUUCUUUGCCCUGCUGAGGACCACCUACAAUGCCAAUUGAAGGGCGGCGACCUGCCGGACCCCCGGAGCCCUGGAGCCCCACCUGCCCUUCGUCAAUCGGUCAGAUCACAGCAAGAUUCGAACGUAAUGAUGCCCUUCGACACGCUUUGAUAAUAUUUAAUUAAAAAUCGCAUUUAAAAUUAAUAAGCUUAAAUGGAAACCAAUAGCGCCUGGCCGAGCACAAACCGAAUGCCGGCAAAUCCCGCACAGCACGGACUCCAGGUUUUUUUCAAAAGGAAUAUUACAUCACCAACAACAAAAUCAACAAAAAAUCAACCAAAAAACUGUUAUGCAAAGGACCUCCCCCCACCCCGCCAUAGAGCCUCCAUCCAUCUGGUGGUGCUCCAUUGGCCUCUCCCCAAGAGCGACCUGGUAAUAAAAGGAACAACAUAAAACGCAAUCACAAUCAUCGACAAUAAUCUGGCAGCAGCAACAACCAAAAAAAUCAAAAAAAAAAAUACAAAAAAAACAUGA